CAUAAUAUUUGUGGAUUAUGGCAUUCCAUUAUUUUCAAUAUGUCGUUAGUAUGAUUCUGGUUCUUAGCUUAAAAAGCAUUGAAGCCGAAACCAUAUUGAACACUGGUAGUAUUAGUAGUUCUGCAUCUCUCAACCGAGCAAGUUUCCCACAUGGUUUUAUUUUUGGGACAGCAUCAUCUUCUUACCAGUACGAAGGUGCAGCAGCUGUUGGUGGUAGAACUCCAAGUAUAUGGGAUACUUUCGCUCAUAAUUUUCCAGGCAAGAUAGAUGACAGAAGCAACGGGGAUGUGGCCAUCGAUGAAUACCAUCGUUAUAAGGAAGAUGUUAUGAUUAUGAAGGAUAUGAACAUGGAUGCUUAUCGGUUCUCCAUAUCAUGGUCCAGAAUACUACCAAAAGGAAGGCUCAGUGGAGGUGUGAACAAGGAAGGAAUCAACUAUUACAAUAAUCUCAUCAACGAGCUACUAGCGAAAGAUAUUCAACCUUUUGCAACUCUUUUUCAUUGGGACCUUCCUCAAAUCUUAGAAGAUGAAUAUGGAGGCUUUUUAAGCCCUAAUAUAGUAAAGGAUUUUAAGGAAUAUGCUGAGGUUUGCUUUAAGGAAUUUGGAGACAGGGUGAAGAAUUGGAUUACGUUUAAUGAACCAUGGUCAUUCAGUAAACAUGGUUACGCAGAUGGAGUUGGUGCACCAUUGAGAUGUUCAUCUUGGCAAAACCUAAAUUGCAGUGGUGGAGACUCAGCUACUGAACCCUAUAUAGUGUCACACCAUCAAUUAUUGGCUCAUGCAGCUGCUUUCAAUAUCUACAAAACUAAGUAUCAGGCAGCUCAAAAGGGCUUGAUAGGGAUAACCCUAGUUUGUCACUGGAUGGUGCCACUCUAUGAUACAGAAUUGGACCAUCAUGCUGCUCAAAGAGCCAUUGAUUUCAUGUUUGGAUGGUUUAUGGAGCCAUUAACCACAGGAGAAUACCCAAGUUCCAUGCGGUCUCUGGUUGGAAGCCGAUUGCCAAAAUUCUCAAUUCAUCAAUCAAAUCUUGUAAGAGGGUCCUUUGAUUUCAUUGGAUUAAACUACUACACUGCCAAUUAUGCUACCGAUGCUCCACAAUUAAGGGAUGCCAACCCUAGCUUCAUGACGGAUUUUCUAGUUAAUCUUACAACGAAGAGAAAUGGAAAACCUAUCGGUCCAAAGGCUUUUUCAAAUUGGUUGUUUGUUUAUCCACAAGGAAUUCUAGAACUUUUGCUCUAUACUAAAGCAAAGUACAACAACCCUAUGAUCUACAUCACUGAAAAUGGUAUAGAUGAAUUCAAUGAUCCGACACUCUCACUUGAUGAAGCCCUUAACGACACAAAUAGGAUUGAUUACUAUUUUAGUCAUCUCUACAAUAUUCAAACUGCAAUAAAGGAUGGCGUGAAUGUGAAAGGAUAUUUUGCAUGGUCAUUGAUCGACAACUUCGAAUGGAUCAAAGGCUACACUUCGAGGUUUGGAAUUUAUUUUGCGGACUAUAAAAAUGGCCUGAAAAGAUAUCCAAAAAAGUCAGCAAUUUGGUUUAAAGAUUUCCUAAGGCACAAAACACAUGGAUAUAUAUGAUGAUUUCCGCUAAGUUUGUAUAUAGACAUAUGAUCAAGCUAAGACUCCAAGAUAUAAGUGGUGUUUGUAAUUCUAAGUAGUACAUAUUGUUUGUCGAUCAAGUUAUGAUUUCUAUGUA